AUGCCUAACUGGACCAAAAUCCUAAAUCACCCUUUAUUCAAUAUGGGGUUCUUCUUGUUUGUCCGUCAAGUCACCAAGAACAUGGAUCUCGAUAACUCGAGUUACAUUGGGGCCAUUCGUGGCCUUUAUUUAGGCUCUCAGCUUUUAGUUAUCGUGCUAUCAUUCUAUCUCAUGUCUGUCAUCCGUAAAAAAAAUGAUACAACUCCCUUACGUUACGUUGAACCAGGAGCUCAAAACUGGGAUGGUUCCGAGACAGCUGACACAUUGAUCAAUACCACGAAUAUGGAUUAUGACAUUGCUGAUGUCAAGAAGCAAUUAAAGCAAGGUUUUACAAGUAUUGCCAUCGUCGCAUUCCUUCAUCUCAAAUUUGGCUACGUUCAGCCUCUGCUUAUCCAAAGCAUCAUGGGGUUCAAGACGUUUUUUAUGACCAAGGAAGCUAGAAUUCAUCUCUUUAAUGGAAAAACUUCCAGUGGUGAACUUCGUCGUCCUUUCCGUAUCGAGGGCCCAUUCAAUAUGGUCAGUGAGAAACGUCAACCUAGAACUGAUAAGGGUUCAAUCAAGAAGGCAGAGAAAGCUCUUAAAGCUCAAUAG